CGGGAUUUUGCUCAUAGCGGCGCAGCAUGUGUAACGGAUAGUUUUUAAUAGAACUGUUUCUAAGCCGCAUGUGGUCGACGUAUGUGGUGAAUACAGUAUGUUAAGUUAUUAAUUAUACAUUUACCUAUUGCUAAAUUCACAAUGUUUCGCACCAAGAAAGAUGUGGAUCGGCAUGUCCAAGAGUUAUUUCGCAAGUUGAAAGGAGAAAGGGAGAGAAAAUCAAAGUACUUCAAUAUUGCUAGACUAUAUUAUCAAGUAGGUGAUUAUGAAGCAGCAAGAAAGUAUGUGGCAAGUUUUUUAUCCAUUCGAGAUGACUCUUCAAGUGCCCAUAAGCUUCUGGGACAAUCUCUGGAAGCACUGGGGCAGAAAGAAAAUGCCCUCGAGGAAUUUAAAUGUUCUUUGAUGCUAGAAAGUAAUCAGUCUGAUUUAGUCUUAAAAGUAUGUGAACUCAUGGCUGAUCCUGAGGUAAAGGUGGAUAAAAGUACAGCUAAGUACUGGAGUGAACGAGCUGAACAAUUGUUUCCCCAUCAUCCAACUGUCUUCAAGUUGAAGGAAAAGUUGGUAACAUCUAAUGAAGAGGGUAGUGCUCCCGAAUUGGAAAAACUUAUUAUAGCGGAGCUGGCAGCGCGACCCAAAGAUGUCUCUUUACAUGUGCGACUUCUGCAGCUUCAUUUGGAAAGUGGACGCAUUAAAGAAGCUUUUUCUACUGCUAUUGAGGUUGAGAUGCGUUGUGCCUUCCGGGAAGAAUUAAAAUGGUAUGAAUGUCUCACAGAUGUUUGUAAGGCGUAUGCAGAGGCAACAAAACCUUGUGGAUGGGAAUUUUUUUUCCACUACACGGCUAUCUUAGAACGAGCUGCAUGCCUAAAUCUUCAAGAACAAUAUGGGAGUCCCCGAAGAUCGUGGGCCCAAGCUGUUGGUGCUCUUUUCAAUUUUGACCAAGUUCUUGAAGUUGCAUCUUGUCAGACUCCACCUAGCAGUGAAGCAACAAUGUAUCAAGAAUUUCUGAAACACCAGAGAGCUCAAUUGUGUCUUCACUAUGCUACUGCACUGUUUAAAAAGGCGAAAAAGGAACCAAGCUCUUGGAUAGAUGUGUCACGUAUCGUUGCACCGCUGCUUCUUCAUGCACUUGUCCCACCAGUUGAUAUUCAUUCUGGCUGGAUCAGCCAAACCUCAAAAUCUCGCCGGAAAUGUGUGGAGUGGUGGGCAAAGGAAGGAGCAUAUCGAAACAGUCAAGCAGGUCAUCUCGUUUUAAGCCUCGUCACUGAUCGACGUUCACAUUUUUUGGAACGAGUUAUCCAGUUUUGUACUGGCAACUGGAGAGAGAGGCUUUAUCAGAAAAUUUUUAAUACCCGUGACCAUCAACAAGCUAUUGGUACUUCGCAUUUUGUGGGUCAUCAGGGCUUUUCUUCUCCACCUCAUCACAUUCCUUCAUCAGGAGAAUUAAGACCUCAUGAUGAAAUGUCUCAGCGCUUGUACCCUAAUUCAUUGCAUCACAUGAUUUGGCUGGGUUUACGGGAGUUGAAUGGAUGUAACAAGAGAGGUGGAGCAGCACGUCUUGGAGCAGAUUUCCGAUGCCUUGUGUAUGAGAACUUGCAGUACUCUUGCAAUAAUUCCAGCCUAGCUGGGUCAGAAACACUUUGCCAGUUGGAUAUUGAUGCUUUCCUGUAUGCCUCAAUUCUUUGUGCGAAGGCAACGUUGGAUGAGGAACAGGCUGCAGGUUUUAGAGGUAAUGAUCGGCCCCAAACUCUACCUGCAAACAUCACUGAUUAUUUAUGCACCAUCUCUCAAUCAAAAUGGUGGACUGCUGCUCACAGAGUUUAUACGAAUCAAGCACGUGGAGAUCUGGGAGAGAUACGACAAACCCUUCAACGUGGAGUAGAAGUGAUCAGGGUAUUAGGCAAUCAUGGAUUGGAUGUGCGACUCAUAGUCCAAUUGGCUCGAAUCUUCAGUGAAAGGGCAUCUGUAAUGGCUACACGUUCUCAUGCUCCCAUGGAAAUGGCAGAAGUUGAGGCACGUGCUGCUAUGUAUUGGACUUCAGCUUUGCCUCUAUUGGACAAAUUACAGCGGAAUCAAACAGUGCGAACACCACACACUCGGCUGUUUGAAUAUCAAGGGAAGGACUUAUCAAUGGCUGAAAUUAAUACAUUAUUGGAGGAAGGCCGCUAUUUCCUUGCAUGCCAGAUGAUGAAGGAAGAUAAACAUGAGAAAGCUAUUGAAGCUUUCCAGCAGCUGAAGUCUCCUUAUGCAUCAUUUCAUCAAGCAAUGAUCUAUAAGAAACUGGCUGCCCUUGAACUGGAAGAACAGCAAGGAGAAUUGAUUACUAGUGAAAUGCGUUCAAGACACAUCAUCUUGCUUACUAAAGUACGCGAGUGCUUGUACUUGACGUUGGACCGCCUGCGCAGUCCAGGUGUUGACCGGAAGCACCCUUUGAAUGCAGAGUUGAGUGCACAUAUUGAAGAAAUUGAGAGCCAGUUGGCCCGCAUAGAUCCGGAUGUGUGCCGUGGUGAUGUUAACCGCAAUGAUUUAGAUGGAAUAUCAGAUGGUAGUGUUUCAUCUGGACCAUCAGUAGGAGAGAAUGGAAAUUCAACGUAUGGCUACACGAGCUUGCACCUCACUCCAAGGCAUCUUAACAGCAGCAGGUUCAGCAGCACUCCCUACCGCAAUAAUCACAGUCACAGAAUAGAUUCGGACACUCUUGGACAUGAUCAUUCAAGACGCACGGAGGCACGGCCCAGUCCUGAGCGUUUGGAGGCCCAGAUUCGCCACUUAAUGCAUGGCCGUGACACACAGAUGCAGCAGGUUAUGCAACAAAACAAGGCUCUGUUGGAGUCACACCGCACGGUGGCUGAUAAUCUCAACAAAGUUGCCCAUAGCCUGGAGGAACUGAAGAACUUAAUUCAAGAGCUAAUUAAAAAGGACAAUCACAAGAGAAGUGAAUCGCAAAUGAAUUCAGAUCUUCCACAAGUUGGAGAUCCUGAUGAUGACUUGUAUGUAUUUGAUGAAGACUAUUCAGAAGAUGUGAAUAUUCCUGCCAGUCAUCUAGGUCAGUACCAGGCCUUUCCACAGUACCCUAACUAUGCAGGAGCCAGCUAUCGUCACCUUCCUGGCAUGAUGGGCUCAAGUACUGUUACAUACGGCCCUACACCUUCUAGUGCUGACAGUAGUAGUGCAGUGCCUCCACCCCAGCUUCUUCCUCCAGCACCUGGAAUGGGAAACUUUUUCCGAAAUGUGGAUCCUUCAUUGAUUUAUCCCCAAACUCUGAGUUAUUAUGGUCAAGGGGCUCUGCCGUUUUCUGAAGGACAACAAUUGCCAGAUUUUCGCCCAGCACCACCUGGAGCUCCACCAGGAGCUCCUGCAGGUCCUGUGUUCAGCCUCGGUCCUGCUGCAGGAGCUACAAAUGUUGCUGCAGAUGCUCAGGCACUUCAUGGUACAACAAAAUUAAACGCUCCUCCAGCUCAGACAGCUCCUGUCAAUGUGGUCAUCACAUCAUCUGACACUUUGCCCACUACAGUGCCACAGACACAGCCUACUCUUAGUGUUACAAUUCCUCCUCAACAUCGACUGGGCACGCCACUUGUCCAUUCUGCAGUUCCUCCUGCUGUAGCUGGGGCACUUGCACAACCACCCCCUUGUGUGCCUCCAGGCAUUCCUGCUGGGGUGCCUCCCCCAGCUGUGCCUGCAGUGGUUGCACCUGUAGUGCCACCUGGGGUACCUCCUGUGGUGCCUGCAGGCGGUAUUGCUUUUCCAGGAGUUCCUGGUGGGGCUCUGGCUCCAGCCCUUCCUGGUCAAAUAGCGUUGGGAGCAACCUUACCACCUGCAUCUGUUGUCAAUUCAGCUGCCAGCACUGUGCCACAUGCUUUCCAGAUUACCAUGCCUCCACAAGCCCAGGUACCUGUUGCAUCACGCCUAGAGAAAGGAGCAGCAGCUUUAAGUCCUGUCUUACCUAUUUCCACCCAGACAUUACUAUCCUCGGUACCUUCACCUGUGUACUCAGCUGUGGGCUUCGAAAAGACUACAAAAGAACCUGGAACGCCUUCUACCACAACUGUUACCACUUCUAGUCAGAGUACCCCUGUGGGCACUAAAGUGCACACAUCACCACCAAAGCCCACAAAAGGGCGUGUUUCUACUGGAUCAGUGGCCGAGUCAGAAGAUGGAGUUGAUGAAAUAGAGCAUGAUCCAUGCCCAGACUUUCAACCUGUGAUUCCCCUGCCGGCCGAAGUGGAAGUUACAACUGGAGAAGAGCAGGAAAUUGUUCUUUAUGAGUGCCGCUGCAAGUUGUUUAGGUUUGUGGAUAAGGAAUGGAAAGAACGUGGUGUUGGGCAGUUGAAAUUGCUGCAUAACCAGGAGACUGGUAAAGUACGCUUACUAAUGAGACGUGAGCAGGUGCUCAAAGUGUGUGCAAACCACUUCUUAACCCCAGACAUGUUACUUACUCGUAUGAAGGACAAGGCCUGGAUGUGGGUUGCUAAUGACUUUGCAGAUGAACAGAUGAGACUGGAAAAGUUGUGUGUACGUUUCAAGACUGCUGAUGAUGCUGAUGCUUUCGCGGAUGCAUUUAGUAAUGCCUGUGAGUUGUCAAAAACUGCAAAAAUGACUCCAGUUAAGGGAGCAAAGCAACAAGAAAUUUCAAGCACAUCUGCAUCAGUGACAUCUGUUACUCCUGUGCAUUCUUCAGCCACUUCCACUGCAGCAUCAUCUCCUGCAGAAAAGAUUGUUGUUGGUGGUUUUACUUUCAUAUCUCCUCCCAAAUUCACAACAGCUUCGUCUUCAAAGGUUCAAGCAGAAAAAGAAACUGCAAAAGAGAAGGACAAAGCAGCAGCUGUAGCAAAACCCAGUCCAUUUGCCCAAUUCACUUUUGGUGCACCAACAAGCAAAGCAAGCAGUGACCAAACCACCAGUUUACUAAUUGGAUCUCCUCUUGUAAAACUUCCAACAAGCGGAUCUGCAACAAGUAGUGCACCAUCUGUUAGUGUGACCUCCACAACUACAAGUGGAGAAAGAGAACUUCCUCCUUUGCGAAGGCCACACAUGACCUCACUUAUGACUUCUUCCUCUCCUGCACUUGAUGUAAUGCAGAAGGAGAAACCACCUGAAAAGGAUUCAGCUGGUGGAGGAGAUCCUUUGAUGUUUAAGGCUACUAAUCUUCCAACAUUUUCUUCGCUGGCAUCAGUAGCUUCUGACAAGCCGGCUUUUCAGACAAAAAAUACUUUCAAAGGUUUUGAAGGUGCUGGCACACCAUUAUUUUCUAAGACUGCUGCUGGAGAUUCAAAAAAGAGUAAAGAAGUAGUACGUUCUCCGAAUGUCAGUGGAGGUGGUGAAGAUGAAGAGGAAUUUGUGCCCACACAAGAGUUCACUCCUGUUAUUGCAAUGCCUGAAUUGGUAGAAGUCAAAACUGGGGAAGAAGGACAAGAAAUUGUGUUUCAGGAACGAGCAAAAUUAUUGAGAUACGAUGGCGAGUCAAAACAGUGGAAGGAACGAGGAACUGGUGCCAUGAAGAUUCUGAAAGACCCACAAAGUGGCCGUGUUAGAUUGCUCAUGAGACGUGAACAAGUGUUAAAAGUGUGUUGUAACCAUCUUCUUACAGCAAACAUUGUGUUUAGUGUCCUUCAAACAUGUGAUCGUGCAUGGACAUGGAUUGCCCAAGACUAUUCAGAGGGAGAGGUGAAGGCUGAACUAUUUGCGUUACGAUUUAAGACUCUUGAACAAGCACGAGCAUUUGGCAGCAAAAUAGAUGAACUGAAGAGUCAGAUGAUUGAUGAUAAAGUAGCUGUGUCUUGUGGUAGUAGUUACAUCUCAAGCAGCACCUCUGCGACCACCACCAGCAUAAGUGCUGCUUCUAAUAAAUCAAAAUUGUCUAUUUCUGAAAUUUGGAAGUGUAGCAAGUGUUUGUUUUCCAAUUCAAGCGAAGCAAAAGCAUGUCAAUCGUGCAAUGCCCUAAGAUCUCAACCUACCAAAGCUGUCACACCACCACCUCAAGUAGGAGAUAAAAUGAAACUGAGUGAAAUGUUCAAACCACCAUCUGGCUCUUGGGAAUGCUCAGGUUGCUAUACCAGGAACAAUGCUAACACAGAACAGUGUGUUUGUUGUCAGGGAAAGAAGUCUUCAAAGUCACCACCCUCAACAAUUACCAGACCUCAAGAAGGAGAUAAAAUGAAGCUGAGUGAAAUGUUUAAACCUCCUUCUGGAUCAUGGGAAUGCACAAGUUGUUAUACUAGGAAUGAUGCUAAUUUAGAACAUUGUGUUUGUUGUCGGGAAAAUAGGCCUACUAGGUCCCCUCCUAAACAACAGAGUGAACCUUUUAAACCAAAGCAAGGUGCCUGGGAAUGCAAAAACUGUUUCUCACGCAAUGAAGAGACAGACCGGCGUUGUUCAUCUUGUGCAUCAGAGAAACCAUCAGCUACUCCUACCAAACAGAAUGGCCCUUCUGGCCUCAAACCAUUGUCAGAAUUGUUUAAACCCUCAUUAGAUUCAUGGGAAUGUGGGGUCUGUUUGAUAAGAAAUGCGAACAGCUCAGUUGAGUGUGCUGCUUGUUCUACGCCUAAACCAGGUUGUGAGAAAGUUGCAAAGGAUAAAAAUAAGACCGAAGAACCAAUUUUUGGAACUACUUUUGGAUUUUCCAGUUCCAGCCAAUCUACAGGAUUCACAUUUGGAAUACCAAAAAGUGAUGGACAGGAUAUUGCAAACAAGCAGAAGACAGAAACAUCUGGCUUUACAUUUGGUGUGAAUAAUUCUUCUCCAGCAGUUGUAUUUGGUGUGAAUGUCAGUCAGGAUAGUAGUUCAUCCCAGUCUAAAGCACCAGCAUUGCCGGUGUUUGGGACAAGUGGAGCUCAGCCUGUUUUUGGUUCAUGGAGUUUUGGAGCUAAUUCAUCAGCUACAACUAGCCUGACAUUUGGUACCCCAUCCAAUACAUCAACAACUGCUAAAACUCAAUCUUCUGUUGUUUCGUCUGCUACUGCCACUAAGACUGAAAAUGAGAAACCAUUUUCUUUUGAUGCUAAGCCUUCAGCUUUCCAUUUUGGCACACCUAAUGCAAACAAACCUUUCAAUUUCGGAGCAAAGGAUGCAACUGAAAAGGAUUCACCCAGUGACACUGCACCUCGAAAUUUUGUCUUUGGAAGUCCUCAGAAUUUUGAAUUCAACUUCAGUGGUGUGCGUCCCAAAUCUCCAGUUAAGUCUCCUAAAUCCCCAGGAGUAAUUGGGGCUUCAGGUGGAGAGGAUGAUAGUGGCAGUGAACCAGAAGAGGAUGAAGGUGAACACAUUUAUUUUCAGCCUGUCAUUCCACUUCCUGAUAAAGUACCAGUGCAUACAGGAGAGGAAGAGGAAGAGGUCUUGUACUGUCACAGAGCAAAAUUGUUUCGUUUCAUGGAUGGCAUGUGGAAGGAAAGAGGGAUUGGAGAUAUAAAAAUUUUGAAACACAAACAAACUUGUAAAGUCAGACUUGUAAUGCGAAGAGAACAGGUUUUAAAACUGUGUCUAAAUCAUUUUUUGACUGCGGAAAUGGUUUUCUCAGAAAAAGAUGAGAAAAGUUGGUUCUGGACAGCAGCAGACUUUGCUGAAGGAGAGAUCCAUCAAGAAAAGUUAGCUAUUAGAUUCCAAAACAAGGAUGUAGCAGUUGCUUUCAAAGAAGCAAUUGACAAAGCCCAGGCAAACCUUGGUUCUCCAACAAAGACUGACCGUCAUUCCUCAGAAGUCAUUGUCUCGGAGGAUUCCAUAGUGCAAGAGGAAUCAAGUAAAGAUGGUGGCAGCUUAUUAGAAGGUGUGAAGAAUGUGACGUUAAAAGGUAUUGGUACCAAAUCCAAUCUCCCAUCUGAUUCUAAAGGAGUAGUAAGAACUCUCUUUGGAGAGUCAUCCCAGUUGUCAAGAAGUCCUGCAUCUUUGGACUUAUCCACAAGUGACAACGAUGUGCAAGUUGUAUAUGAACUUACCGUCACGCCUGAAGAGAAAGCAGCUGCUGAAAGAUUGAAACUUCCUCCUAAUUUCUACUCGUACAAGAACCGUCCUCCAUGUCCAGGCUGUUGUGGUUGUGAACCAGAAAGUGACACUGAGGAUAGCAAGUUCACAAAACCUGCUACAAUUACAUCAAGCAGAGUUAACCGUUCAGGAGAGUUACAUGGUGAAAAGAUAUCACAGUCUCUACCCUUUUCUUCACCUGCUGCGACAUCGUUCUCCAACUCAACUAUGCUUCCUCCUACUACACAACCUUCUUCAUUUGUCUUUAGCAUUUCUCAUGCAAGCACUCCAGGAGUCACUACUUCUGGUUCUGAGCAGCCUCCAGAUGUGAACAUCUUCGGUUCUAAUAAUCAAGAAAGAAUUGCUUCAUCUGGAACUGCUUCUCAGACAUCAGUCUUUGGUGCACUGACAUCAACUCCAUCAGCUACCACUAAAGCAUUAGCUUCUUUUAGUUUUUCUCCCAGUGAAAACAAGGAUAUUAAGCCUGUUUUUGGUAAAAGUUCUGAAACAAUUUUUGGCCAAAAUUCUACUGGUAGUUCAAUUUUUGGAAAUGCUACUGUGUCCACUCCUACAACAUCAGUGACUACUGCAACUUCUGUGUUUGGUUCAGGAGCACAAAGCCCUUCACUUUUUAGCUCUUCUGCUUCAAGUUUCAAAACUUCAAUUUUUGGUUCACCUCAGGCAUCAUUUGGACAAUCCAGUAGUCAACCCUUCUUUGGCCUACCUUCUACUGCAUCAGAAGGAAAGGAAAGCACACUUUCCAUCUUUGGCAGCAGUGGAAGUUUAGGCAACAUGCCAUCAGCAACACCAGUGUUUGGACAAAACACACCGAUUCCUAGUACUAAUGUCACCUUCAGUCCCCAAUUUACAGUUAAGACAAGUAAUCAGUCUGAUAAGCCUUUCUUCUUUAGUGUAACAGCUACUGACAGUAAAUCUGGAAAAGUAGAUGAUAAGCAUGAGAAGCCCUUUUCCUUCAGUGUAACUUCAACUUCUGCAGAUGAGGCUGUGAAAAUGGACAAGACAAGUGUCAAGGAACAGACUGAGGAGGGUGUGCCUUUCCUUCCCACAGAUUCAAGUCUGACCUUUUCAUCAUUGGCAUCUAAAGGGGAGAAAGCACCUUUCUUGCAAACAGAGGAAUCCAAAACAAAGCCUUUUACUUGGGCUGGAGCUGGAGCUCAGGUGUUCGGAGCUUCACUGCCGAAGACAAGCUCAACCAAAGUGAAGGAAUCCCCUAAAAAAAGUGGCAAUGCUGAAGGUUCAAGUGAUGAGGAAGAGGGAGCAGUAGAAGGAGAGGACAACCAUGAUCCUCAUUUUGAACCUAUUGUGGCUUUACCCGAUGCCAUAGAGGUGCGAACAGGAGAAGAAGAUGAGGAAAAAGUUUUUUGUGAGCGAGCAAAACUGUACAGAUAUGAAGUCGAACUAAGACAAUGGAAAGAACGGGGUGUGGGUGAAAUGAAACUGUUGAAGCAUCCUGUACGAGGAACUUUCAGACUACUUCUCAGACGAGAGCAAGUACACAAGGUGGUGUUGAAUCAGCUUGUGACACCAGACCUUGAACUCAGUGCAUUAUCUGGUUCUGAAAUGGCCUGGUGCUGGGGUGGAGUGAACUUUGCAGAAGAUGACGCUACAGGGGAAGUAUGUACUGACCCCAAACUAGAGAAACUUGCUGUAAAGUUCAAGAAUGUGGAACUGGCGAAAAAAUUUUCUGCAUGUGUACACGAAUGUGUUGCAGAACUGAAAAUUAGAUCUGCAGUCCCUUCUGUGUUACCAGAGCCCGUACAAAAUGUAGGUCAGAAACCACAUUCUAGUACACAAUCUGCAGGAGAGGAUGAGGAAGAGGAAGAGGAUUAUAGUGACAGAGAGAAAGAGGAGGAAAAUGAAACUGAGGAAGAUGAUGAAGACGAUGUGGAGGAGGAGGAGGACGAUGAUGAAGAGGAUGAUGAAGAUGAAGAUCAUAACAUUAUGUUUGAGAAGCGAGCUACACUCCAUGCUCAGGAACCUGGGAAAGAAUCCUGGGUACACCUUGGAAUGGGUGUUUUACAAAUACUGUUUGAUCAUGACAACUUAUCGGCACGUGUGUACAUGGUAGCUGAUAAUUCUGGAGAUGAAUUGUGCAACACACUCAUUGCUACAAACACUGAUUUAAAGGCGACAAAUGAUCUAUUGAGCCUAAGAAAUAGUGUUAUUCAUAAAGAUUGCAUUUGGAUGGCCAAAGACCAUUCUGAGGAACCUCCUGUAACUCGUACAUUCAAAGCUUGUUUCAGUUCUGAAAAGUCAGCACAAGAGUUCAGGAAGGGAAAUGGAACAACCUUCAGAGACCUUGGAAUCUUAAUUCAGUGGAAUGUUGCUAUCAAGAUCCAUUCCAACUACCCAACCUGUUAUAAAACCUUAAAAAAAUAUUAUGCAUCAUUCUUGCAUCCUGUAGACAUGGGAGACUGGAUUCAGUGCUAUGAAGAAAUUUGAUUUGUUCUAUUCCUAAAUUUUAAAUAAAUGAAUAAGGGUAAAAUGUUAGCUUAGAUGCAAGACCAAUUUUGGAUUAGCAAAUCAUGAACUGUAUAGUGCUUUACAGGAUAGGUGCAUACAUUACCGUCCUGAAACUUUCACAUAUUUAUAUACAUACAUUAUCAGUUUUACAAGCAUGUCCUGUACUUGUUAAUAGUCAUCAAAUGUUAAGAUUUUAAAGCAAAUGUAUUAUUGCCUUUUGUUGUGUGUUAUCUGAUAUUGUCACAAUUUGUGUGAGAUUUUUUUAUUUUUGUAGGUACUGCAUGAAUUAAGGAUUGCAUUCCUGUACUACACAGAUCACGAAUCAAAAUUCGAACAUUUUUCCUGUGAUGUGUAUACUAUCUUGUUAUUGCUGUUCCACAAUAAAAACAAUUGUAGAGAAUG